AAAACUAACGAUUUAAUAAAUCCACAAAAGAUUUGAUUAUUAAAUAACAAAUUUAAGAAAUAUAGUGAUUAGUUAUUAUUAUUGAUAAAGGAAAAGGAAUAUAUGAGCGCUAUUGAUAAAAAUAGCUAAAGGGUUAUGCUUGAAAGUUUUGAUUAAUCUCAAAAUUUGAGGGUAUUAAGUCCUAUGUAAUCUCCAUAAUACAGCCAAAGCUAAUAUAGGACUAGCUAGAUUGCAAUCUAGCUUGCGAAAUCUAAAUUAAUGCAAUCCAAAUUGUAAAAUAGAUAGGCAUAAGAACAAUCUAUACCUACAGAUCCAAUUUUAUUAUAAAAACUUUUAUUGAGAAUGCAUCCGAAUAAAUAUAUUAGCAUCCUAUUUGGUCUAAUGUUCAUAUGCUCUGUAGGGUAUGGUAUAUUUUUACCAGCAAAUUACUGUGCUAUAAGUUUAGUUUGUAUUUCUGCUUUCAGUUUUGUUGGAUUCCUAAUUGAGACUAUUACAUUUUGUAGGUUAAAAAUAUCUUACUAAAGGGUUAGUGUAUUUUAUGUUAUUAAAGGCAUAUACAUAUUGAUAGCAGCAACAAUACACUUUGUUUUUCUUUUUGCUAUAAAUGAUGCUACUUAUUGCGAUUAUAUGUGGUGUUAGUAAGAUGUAACAAUGAAAGAUUUUUUGAAAUCCUUUACAAAUAGUGUAGGGUAAAGCACUUUGAGCUAAUAAUGUGCUUAAUUCCAGGCUUAAUAUUUAGGAGAUGCAUAGUAUAGUCAAUUGCAAUAGUUUUUACUGUCAAAUAUUGCAAAAUAUUGUGUCUAUAUAGGAAAAUGCAAUUCUAUAGAUGAUAUAAACAAUUUAAUUCAUGGCUAUUCUACUUCAUCAAAUAAAGGAUAUCUUAUAGCUUUUGGGAUAGCUUUUGUAAUUUACAGUAUUUAUUUAUUCUAUUUUGUUACCCAUUUAAGACAUAUAAAAUCAUAAAUGGAUGAGUUUAAUACCUUAGAUUAUAAAGAUUAAGAUAAACCUAACUUAAUGAAUCCUUUUGACGAGAGCUAAUUUUAAAACUAGAGUGCAUUUUAGUCACCUCAUUAAGAUUUUUCUUAAAUUUAAGUUCACCCUUACAAUCAAUAGCAAGAGUUAUAAUAAUAAUAACAGUAGGAGAUUAAUAAUAAGAAUAUUUUAAACGGAACAUAAUCUAAAUAAAAAUAAGAAUAAAUUUUAAAAGAAGAAUAAUAACACUAAAAAAUGCAUGUACAAGAUCUUUAGCAAGAAUAAAGAGGUGGAAAUUAUGUUUUUGAUGAUGAUGCAAAUAGAGCUAAAAAUUAAAAUAAAUUAUAAUAAAAAGUCCAGCAAGUUGUUAUUAUUAGCAAAUUAGCUAAAACUAAAUAAUAAUAAUAAUAAUAAUAAUUAUAUUAAUAAUAAGGUAUUCUUGAUUAAGAAAAAGUGAAUAAAUAAGACUAGUAGUAAAAUUAAUAAAAUUAAAAAUAAAAUGCAACAAAUAAUUAAUAGCCACAAAACUAAAAUAGUGAUGCAUUUUAAAAAAUUAAUUAACCAUAAAUUGAAAUGUAAAAUAGUAAUUUGAAAAGCUCUUAAUUAUCAAACAGAUAGUAAAACCAUAUUCUAUCAAAAAUUUCCUCAUCUAAAAACUAAUAAUUGAAUAUUUAAAAAAAAAAUUGA